AUGGCUGAUAAAGUGAGAUCCGAUCCUUUGAUUAAACCCAAGGAUAUUGUCAAGCAUUUCAAGCAUGAUUAUGGGUUUGAUAUUCCUUAUCACAUGGUAUAUAGGGGCAAAGAGGCUGCUAAUAAGAUGUUACAUGGUAGUGAAGCAUUUGGGUAUUCUCUAUUGCCUUGGUAUAUUGACACAUUAAAGAGAACUAACCCCGAUUCAUAUUGCAUCCUUGACUCUCUUGAUAAUCGUUUUAAUCGAUUAUUUAUAUCUUAUGGGGCUUGCAUAAACGGCUUCAAAUAUUGUCGACCUAUGCUAUUCCUUGAUGGGACUUUUAUUAAAAACAAGUAUAAAGGGAUGCUAUUGGGUGCUUGUGCUAAAACAAGGAACAAAGAUGUUUUCCGAUUUGCUUUUGCCAUUGUUGAUACUGAAAGUAAAGAGAAUUGGAGGUGGUUCCUUGAACAUUUGGCAAUAAUCUUGGCGAGUGACUACCAGACUAUUGUAUUCAUGACAGAGCGUGGAGCUGGUCUUUUGGAUGGUGUGAAAGAGGUGUUUCCAAAUGCGCCCCACUCCUACUGUAUCAAGCAUCUAAAGGACAAUUUGAAUGGCAGGUAUCCAAGUUCCUAUGGUUCUACUUUUAAGGAACACAUUGUGAGAUUGUUUACACAAGCUGCAUAUGCUAGGACUUUAGAUAUCUUCACUGAAGAGUUGGAAGAAUUUAGGAAGCAAAGUUGUGGACAGGGUCAGUCCUUUCUUACUAACUUGCCACCCAAAAACUAUGCUAUUGCUUGCUUCCCUGCCAAAAGAUAUGGCAAAAUGAGUAAUUCUUUGCCAGAGAGCUUCAACAACAUGAUCAAAGAUGAGAGAUGCAUGCCGCUGCCUCAGUUGCUUGAAGACAUUCGUGUGAAAGUUAUGGAGAUGUUUUGUGAAAGGAAGGUUCAAUCUUCUACUUGGAGGAGUGAGCUAUGUCCUAAGCUUGAGAAAAAGUUGUUGAAAAGGAUAGAAACAGGGAGAAAUUGGAGAGUUAGCCAGUCUACUAAUGAUAUUUUUGAAGUUUGUACAGAGGAUAGCACUGUCAUGGUGAACUUGGUUGAGAGGGAGUGUUCUUGUGCUUGGUGGCAGUUUAGGUGCUUCUUAUGUUCUCAAGCAGUUCAAGUAAUGCAGAAGGUGAACCGUAUCCCUUAUCGUUACAUUGAAGAUUACUGGAAUACCUCAUUCUAUAGAAGUGCUCAUGAUCUUCCUAUUUUUCCAGUCCCGGAUCUUGAUAAGCCUAAAUCUUGA